AUGGGUCGACUCGCUGAAAUGCAAAGGAAGCUCUUGGAGCAAAUGAUGGGUCCUGAGGCCAUGGGUGUCGCCAACGCGAACCUGGUAUGGUCGGAUGAAAAAGUCUGUCGUAACUUCCUUUGUGGCACAUGUCCGCAUACUCUUUUCACGAAUACAAAAAUGGAUCUUGGUGCAUGUCCGAAAUCACACACGGAACGGUUGAAAACCGAGUUCCUUGCGGCUAGGGAGGCGAAUCCGAACGAUCCUAUUUUCCACAAGUUCCAAAUGGAAUACGAAGCGAAUAUAUUUGCAUUCGUGGACGAGUGUGACAGGAGGAUCAGGGCUGCACAUCGGAGGCUGGAAAAGACUCCGGAAGAGAAUGCAAAGACGACCAAUUUAAUGAGGGAGAUUGCUGAAAUUGAAUUGGCUAUUCAGGGUGGUACGGAGAAGAUCGAGACUCUAGGUGAACAGGGAAAGGUGGAAGAAUCAAUGAGGGAGAUGGCUGCCAUCGAGGCGCUGAAGAGUGAGAAAGCGGAGAAAGAGCGUGAACUUCAACAACUCACAGACACAUCCGGAGCAUCCGGACAUCAAAAGCUUCGUGUUUGUGAUGUGUGCGGUGCAUAUCUAUCUGUGCUGGAUUCGGAUCGCCGGCUCGCGGACCACUUUGGCGGAAAGAUGCAUUUGGGUUACCAUGAACUGCGGAAUAUGCUUUCCAAGUUUCGGGAAGAAAGGGAAAAGCGCAAGAUGACUGUGCCGGCCUCGGGGUCAGUUUCCGGAGGGCCGCCGGGGGCCUCUGGGAGGGCAGGCAGUGAACGUGUAGGCGAUCACCGGGCUUCACGUGACGACCGGGAUCGGGACCGUGAGAGAGGAUAUGAGAGACAUUCAUCGUCUCGAUAUGAUGAUCGGCGGAGAGAUCGUGAACGAUCACGAUCUCCUGGUCGUAGACGUUACUGA